CGAGAGCCCUUUUCUUUGCUGGCGGACAGGACAAGGCAGAUAGAUCCAGAGGGACGCAGAGGCAGCAACAACCAACCAAGGAUUGUUCUAACUGAAGAGAGGCCGGGAAGGAACCACCAGUAGCUUGUCUUGCAUCCCAAAGCAAUGGGUUUGUUAGAGUGCUGUGCAAGAUGUCUUGUCGGGGCACCCUUUGCCUCACUGGUGGCCACUGGCUUGUGUUUCUUGGGGGUAGCACUCUUUUGUGGCUGCGGACAUGAAGCACUCACUGGCACAGAGCAUCUGAUCGAGACCUACUUCUCCAAAAACUAUCAAGAUUAUGAGUACCUGGUUGAUGUGAUCCACGACUUCCAGUACGCCAUUUACGGGAUCGCUGGCUUCUUCUUCCUCUUUGGAGCCCUCCUGCUGGCCGAAGGCUUUUACACCACCGGCGCUGUCAGGCAGAUCUUUGGCGACUACAAGACCACCAUCUGUGGCAAGGGCCUGAGCGCUACGGUAACAGGGGGCCACAAGGGGAGGGGUUCCAGAGGACACCGUCAAGCUCACUCUUGGGAGCUGGUGUGUCACUGUUUGGGAAAAUGGCUAGGACAUCCUGACAAGUUUGUGGGCAUUACCUACGUCUUGGCCGUCAUCUGGCUCCUUGUCUUGGCCUGCUCUGCAGUUCCCGUCUAUGUCUACUUCAACACCUGGACAACGUGCAACUCCAUUGCUAACCCCACCAAGACCUCAGCCAGCAUUGGCAACCUGUGCACUGAUGCCAGGAUGUACGGUGUCCUGCCGUGGAACGCCUCCCCAGGAAGAGUGUGUGGCCAAAGUCUCCUUUCCAUCUGCAAGACAUCUGAGUUCCAGAUGACCUUCCAUCUCUUUAUUGCUGCAUUUGUUGGCGCUGCGGUCACACUGGUGGCAUUGCUCACGUUCAUCAUUGCAGCCACCUACAACUUUGCUGUUCUCAAGCUGAUGGGGCGAGGCACAAAGUUCUAGACCGUGAGGAAGACACGCUGCCUUUACAAGACGCUCUUUCUCCUCUAACUACACGGCUUUAACACGACCAUGCAGUCACACUGCACCAGGUUCUCCUCCUUUAACUCUGCCCUCACUGCCUAUUUCCCUUCCUUUUCCUUGAUGCUGCUUGAAGCAAAGGUGUGUGGCAAGGGAGGGAGAGAGAGAGAGAGAGAGAGAGGCCACUCCCCUCCAGCAACAGACAGCUCUUCAUGCCCUUGUCUCUCUGGGUACACCUGUAGCUGGUAUUGGGUCUCCGCCAAGCUCACCUAACAUGGGUUGCCUCGCGUUUACAGCGAGAAAGGUGGCAGGUUUACUCCAGCUUUCCUGCUCCGAAGAAGAAAACGACAACAGCGAAAUCACGCUUGUUCACUAUUGAAGCGGUCCCUGCUACAGAGAGGGGGUGGGAAGAGAGAAGACAGCAUGUGGGACUUUGCUACGCUUGUUCAAGAGUCUCCUCCACACCACCGGAAACGGAACGUCCUCCUGUCUUCGUGCAAGAGAUGGAGGACCGUCGAAAGAGAAACAAAAACUGUGUUGAUGUGAACCUGCCUGCCACUGCCCGGGCAAAGGGGGUUUAGAGCAAGGAUCUUCCCCAAACGGGAGGAGAGCGCUGAACCCCAAUGCCGACAAACUCCCCUUUUCCAUAACCCAGCCAAUUAAGGAGCUUGGUGCCCCCAAAGUAAGGGGGCUCUUGUCUUCAUACUGGGAUGGAGAAGAGCCAACCCGUUCUUCCCCCGUCCACCGUGCUGCCAUCGCACAUGUCUAAUCAGUUGGACAGGAUUCAGUCUUAUCCGAAGGGCAUCCGUAACCAACCGCUUGAGUGUGUUAACGCUAGAUGCGCCUUCGCUACAUGUAGGAUAACCCCUUUGGACUGCCCACCUGGGCCGUGACGUGCCUUUCCCUUUGCGAGUCACUGCGGAACUGCACUUUCUCCAACCUUCACAAUGGUGCUCUCCUCCUCCUCCUCCUCCUCUUCUUCCUCUCCCAGUGACAUUUGCCUCCUUCACAUAUGCGAUACCGUGAGGAUCUUUUGCAGAAUAUAACCUUUUGCUCUUUUUCUUCUCAUUACUAUUUUGCUGCCUCCUGCAAAGCCAUAACUGUUCGCCAUAAACCUGUCCCAGUUAUUUGGAGCCUCCCUCUUGGUUUAUUGUACAGCCCAAACUAUCCGGAAUAGAGAAGUAAAAGAGUAGAAUUGCAUAGAACGCUCUGGGCCAUUUCAUUUGCGGAUUUUUUUUAAAAAAAAAAUGUGUUGGUGCAUGUGGAAAGCAAGUCCCCUCUAGGUCUCUUGCAGCUAUGCCAAAUAAUAAGAACGCACAGGUGAAAAAUGCAACUGGAAUUUUCUCUCUCUCUUUUGACUGGAGACACCAGUUUAGGAUUGGGACUUCAAUACUGCAAUAUGACAAGAGGACCAGACAGUUGGAACCACACCGAGAAGGCUCACAGCUUUCCACUCAUGCAAAGACAACAUCAUGAAGCAAAUAUCCCAUGGAGCAUCUCAGCUCCAGUCUCAGCCUUAAUUUCAUGACCACAAGCAGCAGAGAGAUUCUUUGGUUGGGUGUUUAUUUCCUGAAAGAACCAAGGCCACAGUGUCAAACGUAGGGAUAUUAAUGUUGGUCCUGGUGGGAGGGGGAUAAGCCAAGGCAGUCCUGCUGAGCAGGCCUGGCCUGGCCCAGACAGCGGAAAUGAAUUAGGUUGGCUAUCAACGCACACAGGGGUGGGGAAUGGGGUGGGUGGGAAAAUAAGAUGCCAGCUGAUAUCUGGGACACGUGGAAGUCAUCGGUACCUUAUGUUUUCCUUUGAUUUAAAUAACACGUAACAGGUUCCCAUCUCCAUGCCCUUCCCAACCCCCAAAAAAUAAAUACAGGGAAAAAAAUAGUUAAUAAGCUGAAAGUGUUCACUUCUGAUCUUGAAUUUCAACUUUUUAACAAAGCAUAAAGGAUUAUGUUUUCAAAGACUUACCUUACAAGAUGUAUUUUAUAAAAUUAAAGAAAAUAAAAGUUAAGAAUGUUCUGAACA